AAAAGCACAUGGAACAUAUUUAACUUUUUCAAUUCUAGGUCAUUACAUCUCAACUAGGCAUUAUUCUGCAAGUAAAUUUACAAAGUUAGAUCGUACGGAUGACCGGCCAGUGAACAAUCAGGAAUCAACAUUUUUAAGUCAAAUGAGCCAAUUGGCUAAAGAUGCGGAUAUUAUCCCCCCUUCCCUUCAGAAAAGAAAGAUUGCGACGGAUGAUAAUAGUCAACCAAUAAAGGCGGCCAAAUUGUCGCGGGGAGCUAAGAAAAGGAUUCGAAAAAAAGAGUUAAAAGAAGAGUUAAAAUCGCAAAAGAAAAUUCCUAAAGUCAAGGGGAAAGACACGAAAAAACCAAAGAAUUUGGGUUUUAACAUUCGACGACAUCGAAUGUUUUAUGCAGAUGCCAUUAUAGACAACAAGACUGAUAAGGCUAUAAUGACAUCGAAUCAAAUAAUGAAAAAGGACCGAACCAUAGAUGUCUUGAGCGUCAUUUUCCCACUUGAAUAUGAGAAUGAUAAAAAAAAACGCUUCAUUAAGGUUCCUGAGAUGGUCCAGAGCAUUAAAAGACGACAUAAUAAUUCUUCUUUGACGCAUCUACUCAAUUCAACUUGUCCCGUGAAGAACAAUGAUACAAAUCCUGGAAAUGCACAUAUCCCAAUCCAACAGGUGAGUGAUUUUAUUUGGAGGCAACUGAAGAAAGCUUUUCCUUUGGAUUUUUUUGGUUCAUCAAACAACGCUGAAGUGAUAAAAAAGGAUCAACGACUGUAUGUGGUUGAAGUCUUCAAACAUGAAUAGCAAAUGCUCACCAUCUGACUUAAAAAGAAAGGAAGCCAUCUUAAAUCAAGCUUUAUAUUGGCUUUUUGAUGGAUACAUUAUUUCAUUAAUCAAGUCGCUCUUCUAUGUCACAGAGAAUGCAACUUGUGGUAAAAAGGUUUUCUUUUAUCGUCAAGACGUCUGGCGUGAUAUAACUCGCCUCCAAAUUCGAACAAUUAUAAAAGAUGACUACGCGGA